AUGACUACACGCUCUCGCAAGGGCUGUAUCGACUGCAAACAGGCCAAGAUCAAAUGCGACGAGGUCCACCCCGCCUGCGGCACCUGCAUGCGCCGCAGCCGGAAGUGUCGAGGCUAUCUGGACACCACGGGCAAAAUUCUGAGGGGACCCGGCGGUGCUACCAGUCUGGCUGGCAGCAGUCUCAACAACGCCAACAGCCACCACAACCACCACAACCCCCUGCAGCCCAUGGCCCAGACGCCGUUAAGGGCACGUCGUGACAGUCAUCUGGGAGUGGGGGGGAUGGAAAGUCCUGGUUCUUCUGUGGGUGCUGGUCGGUAUAACGGCAUCGGUGGCAGCGGAUUGGCACUGUCGCCGACCUCGCCCUACAUGCCUUACGCCCGUCCACGCGCCCGGGGUAUAGCUUUCAUGUCGUCCGUGGCGCCAAUGACCAUGAAUACCUCGACCAUUGUCGUCUCCAUUCUUCCGGAGACCAUUGCUACCGCCGCACAAAUCGCCGAUGACCGUUCUGCCGACAUCCCGUGGGCCCCAAUCGAGCUGCCUGCUAUCAACGUCACCACGCCUGAUACCGACAACCCCUACAGCCAGCCGUCUCCUGCCCCAAUUACGGGAGGCUUUUUCCCGGGCAGCCCUUUCACCACAAUGGCCCAUGUCACAUCAUCAAAGACGCCGGGGCCCGUGGUCUCCAUCAUGAUGGGUGGUGGUUUGAACUGGUCCCACAUGCUCCCGCCAGCACAUCACACAGGCAAUGCUGCAUCACCCUCUUCAACAUAUCACCACAAUAGUGUUGGCCUGGACGGAAGCAUCGUCCACAGCGCCUUUCUCGACGCCGAACGGAGCGGCACCGUUGACGGCGAGCGCGUCACUCCUGACGCCGCCAACCUUGUUGCAAACCAUGCUACAAGCCGUGUCACACCACUAUCUCUAUCGCCGGCAUUGUCCUCUGACAGUGGAGGUUCGUCUGAAAACAGCCGGUCUCUUGUCGGCCCCAAUGGACGUCGCCUGAUCGGCCCUGCCGCCGCCGCCAUGUCCAGAACACCCGUGCUCGACGUUUCUAGCUUUUGGUCGCCACCAACACCCGCACCCGUCCGAGGCCCCAGCUUCAUGCCGCUCAACGGAAUCCUUGCCAAAGACAAGCCCUUCAUCGAGAUAUACUUUCUGCGCCAUCCUACUGAGAUGGUCAUGAAUAACAGCAUGUUCAUCAACGAGAUGAACGGCGCCGUACUGUCACUACUACAAGUCAGCCCCAUUGUUGUCGGCGAUUCUUUGUGUGCCAUUGGCGAGAACUACAUCAAAGAGAUGGCCGGCGACAAUCCCGAUAGCAACAUUGCGUCGCACCGCAAGGCCCGCCUGCUGAGCCGCCUGCGCCUGCUCAACGAAGACGGUACUAGCCCUGAACUGGUGCUGCUGCUCCUCCUGGCGCUUUGCGGCGCCGAGCUGACGAACCCCAACUCCGAUGGCAAGGCCAGCUCGCUGCCGUCGCUCAUCGAAAAUGUCGCCAUGAUCCUCGAGUUUCACACGCGUGCCGGCCGCGAAAUAAGCACAACGGCAAAGUACUUCGCCAAGGGUGUCGCACGCCAAGACCUGCUGCACUCGCUGUCGCGCAUGCAACGACCAAAGAUACAGCCUUCGACCUGGCUCGACGAUUACGCUAUGCGCCACGCAGACCGCCUCUUCGGAUUAACCGCGACUCUGACGCCUAUUUUGUACAAGCUGGCCGAGCUGGCGGGCGAUGUGCAAGCCAUCCUGAACAACGAUGCUUUCCACCGAAGCACGGGCGGCAUUCCAGCGGCCGCUGUGGUUGCCGCUGCUGCCGCCGCGGGCACCUCCCACAGUAGUCACCAUCAGCACCACGACCCGAGUCUUCCCUCCGUGGCGACUACGGCAUCCGGUAUUGGUGCGGCCGAUCUCGACGAUGACCGGCUUUUCGGUGACGGUAGCAGCGCCUUCUUCGCUGAAUCAGCUACUGGCAAUGGCCCGCUUCAUCUCACUCAACGAUCCAACCUCGCCGAGCGCGAAGCCACCAUCCGCGCUCAGCUCCUCAUGUGGCGCCCCGUCCACGAUAGCUCUCUGUCCAUCCAGACCUCCCGCACCCUUCUUUUGCACGCUUCUGCCUGGCGUGCAGCCACUUUGCUCUAUUUGUACCGCCUCUUCAACCGCCCCGGCUCCUCGCGCGAGGGCGACCGGAUCGCCCUCUCCAUGGCUUACGAGGUUAUGUUGCACAUCAACGGCCCUGCUGAAGACAUCAAGCUCUCGCUAUGGCCGCUGUUUGUCGCCGCCUGCGAGCUUGACCAGCCUGAGGACCGCGCACUUGCAGCCACACUGUUUGGUGAAAUGUGCCAAGCACGUCCUCUGAUGACGGCACGUCGCACUCGCGAGUUUGUCAUGGAUCAGAUCUGGCUGGCGCGCGACCGAGGGGAGGUAUGGGAUUGGAUGCAGCUGACGCAAUGCGGCCAGUCCAACGUUUUUAUGCCGUUGUAA